AUGAGUAAAGACGGAACACCAAUUGUCUCGUCUCCUCUUGUUGAAGACGUAGAAGAAAGCCCAUUCGUUGAUCCAGAUAAUGAAUUGGCUGCUGAGAAGCUUCAGCAAACACUAGAUAUGUUGCACAUUCAUAAUCCAAUGUCAAUUGAAGAUUUGUUAGAUUUUGAGAAAGAGAAAAUAGACAUACAUCAACAGUUUAAUGAUGAUGAUCUUAUUCAAGGUGCUAUAGAAAUAGAACAUGUAGAAAAUGAGAUCAUGAUACAACCCUUAACCAGAAAGGAGCAGUUGGAAAUUCUGCGCAAUGCUCUGAGAAUUGUUGAUGAAAGAAUCGAUGAUG